CUGAGCGACAAACAAAGUUACCCUUGCACCGAGGCCCUUGGACUGAGACUAAGAAGCUGUUGUCGGUGGCUAUCUAGAUAGAUAGAGAGAGAGAUGGCGCUAGCUGGAGUACGUGUGAUUGAGUUAGCUGGACUUGCCCCGGCACCCUUUUGUGGAAUGAUCCUGUCUGAUUUCGGGGCCCGAGUGAUCCGCGUAGAUCGGACAAAGGUCUCCAUGGCAAUGGACUCACAAGCACGAGGCAAACAGUCCGUGGCCUUGAACCUGAAGAGUCCACAGGGCGUGGCUGUGCUGAAAAAACUGUGCCUUCAGUCAGACGUAGUUCUUGAACCCUUCCGGAAAGGGGUGAUGGAGAAGUUGGGCUUAGGUCCUGAAGAGCUGCUGAAGGCAAAUCCUCGCCUUAUUUAUGCUCGACUCACAGGAUAUGGCCAGAGCGGCUCCUACGCCAAAGCUGCAGGACACGACAUUAACUACCUGGCCAUGUCUGGACUGCUGUCCAUGUUGGGCCGCAGCUCAGAGAAACCCUAUGCCCCGCUGAACUUGGUGGCUGACUUUGCAGGAGGAGGCCUGAUGUGUGCUUUGGGGAUCGUUCUGGCUUUGCUGGAAAGGAGCAAAUCAGGCCAGGGCCAAAUCAUCGAUGCCAGCAUGGUGGAGGGAGCAGCGUAUGUGGGUUCAUUUAUGUGGAAGUCUCGCAGUCUUGGUCUGUGGAACCGGCCUCGUGGGGAGAACAUGCUGGACAGUGGAGCUCCGUUCUACGACACGUAUCAGACGUCUGAUGGGAAGCACGUAGCUGUGGGGGCCAUCGAACCUCAGUUCUAUGAUCAGUUGAUCAAAGGUCUCGGAUUGGAUGCUUCCUCACUUUCGCCACAGAUGAGCACCUCUGACUGGCCAAAGCUUAGGCGGACGUUCACCCAGGUGUUUGCGCAGAAGACGCAGGCAGAGUGGAGCAAGAUCUUCGACGGGACAGACGCCUGCGUGACCCCCGUCCUACCUCUGGAUGAAGCCGGAUCGCAUCCCCAUAACCGGGAGAGGGGCUCAUUUAUGAUGGACGCUCACGGUGAGGUCAGUCCACGUCCAGCACCCGUCCUGUCUCGCACUCCGGCUCGGCCAUGUCUCUCUCGAGACCCUGUCAUAGGUGAACACACUCGCUCCGUGCUGGAGGAGUACGGCUUUGAUCCGGCUCAAAUCGAGCAGAUGCUGUCAGCUGGCGUAGUGGAAUGCAAUGAAGCCAAAGCACGUCUAUAAGACGAUGAAGCAAAAGCAUCAGCAGUGAAUCACUCAUCACACACACACAAAAAACUGCCGUCUUGUAUACUAACCGCCUUCAGCAAAGAACUGACGUGUUCAGAGGGAUUAAGCUCAAAAUAACCAUCCAAUGAUGCGGAGGUUUUUAUCUGAGUGUGCAGACGGAUGAUUUUUGGUCUGCGGUGAAAUGCUUCGCCUUUUAAAUGCACAAGAUCUUUACUGCGAUAUUGCAUUCCUAAAACCUGAAGACUCUGUGAUCAUCGUAAUUAAGCCUUCAGUUUAUUGUUGAGAAUUUUGCUCGGGGAUGUUUAAUAUUAACUGUCUCCAUCUACAGCUUCGGUUAAAUAACACUUGAAAACAACUCGGCACAAUGCUCAUCAGAAUUAAUGGCAACUUUAGUGAAAAUGACAAGCCAUUGACGUUAUCAUGACGUUUCCAAAUACGCUUCUUGUGUAUUUGGGUCUCCUUUGUGCUUAAUGGUAAUUUUCAUCUUAUUUGUGAAGAGCAGCAGCAAUCGAUGUUCAUCUCGUCUUUUAGUUUAAAGUCUUUAAACUUUUCCGCAGAAUAAAUAUGAGCGCUUUUUUUUUUUAAACCGAGUAUAGGCAAAAUCUCAGAAAACUAGGGUUCACACUGUGGUGUUAACAUAAUUUACAGUAAAUCAGUUCUGUCUCACUAAGAGCUGCUACUUUUAGAAGCUACCCUGCGUGAUACCUUUACUUAGAAAUCAGUGUAAAUGUCUCUGCACGCCGUGUAGCAGCUCCUUCAAUAUAGAUCUUACCUUCUUUGAAGUGGAUACCAUACCGUGCCUUUUCCUUCUGCCAGUCAUUCACUGACCUAUGACACACAUCUGACCUUGCUGUGACCUUGGAUCAGUUCCAAAAUCUAUUCAGUUCAUAUGCUGGUCGCAGUGAUAAAUAAAUGUAAUAAAUGUUAAAACAUUAAACCACUCAUUCUUGAAGUGUCACAUUAAUGAGGCUCUCGCACUGAAGACUUGCACUGAUGGGUCACAUGGACAGAUGGAUGUAUGGACAGACUCAUAUGACGAACUGGACGGAAGCUAUUAAAGAAAAACUAUUUCAGACAUUUGUCGUGAAUUUGACCCUGUCGAAUCAGUACAUCUGCUGCUUACAACGAUGCUUCUCUAGAAAUCAUACAUACAUUCAACCCCUCAUUAGUGAGAUAUCGCAUUAACCAGAAUCUCACACUGACAGAUUAGUAACAAGAAAACAGUGUCCCUUCUCUAUGUAGUGGCAGAUGCAUACAUUUCUAAUGAGGCAGUGGGAUGUUCUGGAUAUUUUGCCUGUUCAAUUUCUUACAAUUUGAGAAAAUGUGACGUUUAUAUUUAUAGGGUCUGACAGCACCUUUGUUGUAAAGCCGAGAGAGAGAAAUAACUGGUAUUUGUGAUAACACUUCUAUUUAUUGUGAACUGAAGUGAGCUAGGCCAUGCUAAGCUAGCAUGCUUACAAAACCCCCAGUGAACAAACCACUUAAGUAAUAGCCUUGUGGAUGUUGGUACUGGAGUAUCUUUUUGUUGUCUGUGAAAAUGAAGACUGUAUGGAAACGAUUCCCAUUAUCACUAACACUAUUGAUGCAUCUGUUAUCUGACUUGAAGAUUAUAAGUCUCUUUUUGAUGAUGUCUUUUUGACUUUCUGAAUGAUGAUGGAGGACAAAAGGUGUUACACAUGUUGUAACCUCCUAGUUAUACCCCUAUGAAAAAGAACAUGCUCAAAGGCAACAACAAAGUUCCAAGAAUUUUUAUUGCAAUAACGACAACUUGUUUGCAUUUAUGUUAGCUUGUCAAUCAUUUUGCCGCACUAGCAUUUGAGAGGAAUAUGUGAGAAGGAAAAUGAUCAUAAAAAAUGGUUUUAUGUUAAAAACAACAUAAUAUAAAAUAUAAAGCACGGGUAAAAUAUUCCUCAUGUUUGAUUGGAAACUUUACAUUAUUUUGUAUAAUGUUUGUUUCUACAAUGACUUUUCAAAAGGAUGCCAUUAAUUGUGAAGAGCACUAUUAAGGAUCAUGUAAAAAAAACAAAUUGAGUGCUGUCCUUUUGUCGAUUUGUUUUAAUAUUCUAUAUUCUUUAAUAUUCUAUAUUCGUAAGUUAAAAAAUUUUUUUUUGCUUGUUAAUUUUCUGUUUUAUGAAAUGGACUUAAUAAUAAUUGAGUCACUGUAUAAACAGUUUUCUUUAAAUAUUAAAAAACACUUUCUGAUAAAUGUGUG